GCGGGAGGACGUGGGGAUACCUAAAGCUUGGCAAUGACUCCAUAACGAGACCCCUCCAAAACUUUUGGACGGUGCGACAAUAUACACAUUUGCAUACGACAACCCGCCAAAAUGAGUUCACAGUCUGAUUUCGACAUCGUGUCGUCAUACCGUCGCAUACUCAAUGAAGAUCCAGAGCUUACUAUGCCCGUCGCGGCUAUCGAAGCCCUCGUUGAAGCUAUUGCGCAGAGUUCAGUGUCGACCGUUGCCGAAACACUUGAGCUUCUCGAACGUCAUACUGCCGCCUUGAAGGCCUCGAUCGCAAAUCCCAUAUCCCUCUCAGCCGGCACCGAUCUAUUCCAACGAUACCUCAUCACCACCCUUAAUCGCCCAGCAAGCCUGAAUCUCGGCCCCGACGACGAUUUCCGCGCAAUACGCAACCACCUCUUGUCGAACGGCAAGCUUUUCGUAGACCGAGCAAAACAGAGCAGAGAAAAGAUUGCAAGCUUCGGCAAGCAUUUCAUUCGGGAUGGAGCCACCGUGCUUACAAACGGAGGAUCGCGUGUGGUGGGCGCAUUGCUGAGAAGGGCCGCCGAGUCCAGCACAAUCCGUUUCAGGGUGGUCUACGUAGUCCCAUCGUCGCGCUCUUCUGAUGCCAAUGAGGGUGAUCAGACCGUGUCCGACCUUCGCGCGCACAACGUCCCAGUCGCUACCAUUACUGAUUCGGCAGUCGCAUACUCAUUGGGCAAAGUGGACAUGGUCAUUGUUGGUGCAGAAGGUGUGGUGGAGAACGGUGGUAUCAUCUCACGCAUGGGGACAUAUCAGAUGGGUCUGUUGGCCAAGAGCAAGGGCAAGCCAUUCUACGUGGUUGCUGAGAGCCACAAGUUCGUCAGGUUAUACCCGCUCAGCCAGUUCGACCUGCCGAUCGAGCAGAAGGUGCUCGACUUCAAGGUCACGGACGAGCCAAAGACAAGCAAGUCAGAUGGCAAGUCAGAUGGCAAGCCCGCAGUCGACAAAGGCGUUGCCGACCUGUCCUUGAAGCACACCGCGACAGGCUUGAGGGCACAAGAUGCUGUCGAUUUCACCCCUCCUGAUCUGAUUUCUGGGAUCAUUACAGAAUCGGGCGUGCUCACACCAUCGGCAGUAUCCGAGGAGCUGAUCAAGAUCUGGUUUUGAGCCCUUCCUAAGCACAGAUUCCCUGACCUGCAUUGAUUGCCUAUUCCUCCAAUUCAUCAAGCUCGCUAUGCCUCGCGAUGAAUACUCACACAGGGACAGGCCACUGAACAAUGCAUUCCCGCGACCGAGUACUCGGUGCCCUCACAGCAAACGCCACAGCAGCACUGAAGAAAAGAGCCAUGUGUGGGACGGCGAUGCACUGGACCAGCCAUAGAGG